CUUUGGAGCUAGUUUUAAACCAAAAGAUCGAAGCUGAAGCUGAGAGAGAGAGAGAGAGAGAGAGAGAGAAAAGCUAUGGAUAGAAGGCUUUAUGAAGCAUCCCUAAGUGGGAGUGUCGCAGAUUUAGAAAAUUUGGAGGGAGAAGAUCCACUGAUCCUGGACAGAGUCUCUCUCACCUGCUUCGACCAAACUCCGUUGCACAUAGCAGCAUGGCGAGGUCACUCCGAUUUCACCAGAGCGCUUCUGAGUCGAAAACCCAGACUCGCUUCCGAGCUCAACUCGGCUCGGUGCUCGCCUCUCCACUUGGCUUCCGCCGAGGGCCACCACGAGAUCGUACAACACUUGUUGGAUGUGAACGACGACGUUUGCGAGGUUCACGACGAAGAUGGUAGAACCCCACUCCACUUGGCAGCCAUGAAAGGCCGAGUCGAGGUCAUAGAAAUGUUAACUCGGGCUCGGCCUGAGUCAAUUCGUCAGAAACUCGGCAGAGGAGGAGAGACUGUUCUGCACAUGUGUGUGAAGUACAACCGUUUGGAGGCUUUGAAGACUUUGGUUGACGAAUUCCAAAACGACGCCGGGUUUGUGAAUUCUGAAGACCAAGAUGGUAACACCAUCUUGCAUCUUGCUGCAGCUCUCAAACAACUAGACACCAUAAAAUACUUGUUAAAAUUAACAAGUGUCAAAGAACAAGCCAAGACCGAGAACAAGAAUGGUUUUACAGCUUUAGAUAUUGUGGAGUUGUCCCCUAUCAAAGACUUAAAAACAAUGGAAAUUCAACAGUUUCUUGUAGAAGCUGGUGUUCCAAGUUUUAGAAGAGCGCCGAAUAUCAAGGAAGAGAUUAGGACAUCAUCCUCGUCGGCUAAUCAUCAGCCCGAAAAUCUAUUCAUAAGAUUAUGGGAAAAAAUGUCAAGUUUUUGGAAUAAGUAUUUUAAGCCCGAGCGAGGUUGGUUCAAAGAAGUCCGUGUACAUUUCAUAACAGCAUCCACCCUGACAACUACUAUGGCUUACCAAGCUGGAUUAAGUCCACCGGGCAGUGUUUGGCAAGAUUUUCCAAACACUAACCUUAAUGUAACCAGCAAUGACAUUGGGACAUCCAUUUUUGCCAGAACUCAAGACCACGAUUUUAUGUGUUUCUUGUUUUUCAACACUGCAUCCUUCAUAGCAUCUAUGUUCACUCUCAUUCUGGCUUCAAGUGGAUUUCCUCCUGAGAAUAAGUUUUUCACAGUCCUAAUGAUGGUGUUAAUGUUCUUCUCACUCACUUGCAUGACUUUCUCUUAUCUGUGGACAAUGAACAUGAUUAGUCCACAUGACGCUUUGGUUUGUGUCGAAAAGAUUAUUCAUUGGGCUCUAAAGUUUUGGUUUGGCAUAUGUAUUGCUGGUGGUCUGUUUCAAGUACUCCGUGGCUGUCCAUGGCUAUGGCGGAAGUUGAGAAUACGAGGAUUAUGCUCAUGGCUAUGUCACAAGUUGGUAAUUCUUAUACAAUUUUUGACAACCAUAAUGCUAGGAUUAUGGCACAAGAAGUUGGGAGAACCGUGUAAUAAUCCAAACAAUGGCAACCCGUGACAUGACUGGGAUAAUACUAUAGUAGCCUACUCUACUUGUACUUUCUCCAUCUCCGUAUGAGCUUUAAUUAUCAUUGUGUUUUGUUCUAUAUCCUUCUGUUAUUAUUUUAUGUAUGAAGCUUCUUUCUAUUUAGUUAUUACUCAUGUACUUCUUGUUGUAAUUGUUGUAAUUUUUAACAUUGAUUUCAAUAUUAUUAAAUUAUGUAUUGAUUUAAAAGUUUAUGCC